AUGAAGCGACACGCCGCUUCAGUCAGACUUUACAUUCACCCAGCAGGAUGGAGUCUUGGAUUUCCCGAAACGAGCGAAGCCAAGUCGCCCGCUCGACUUCUGAGGUCCGAGGUCUGGCCCCGAGGGCUCGCCUCCGCGUCACUUCCCCGAGGCGCCAUGAGCGGCGCUUUCGGCGAACCGGCGCGCCCCGAAGACGACUACACGUUCCCGGAUGAUGAGCCCUCGACCGCCGCUGACCCGCGCGUCGCCGCCGUCCUCGACGAUCUCGAGCGCAACCCCCGGCUGGCGCUGCCCUACACUUGGAAGUGGAGAACCAACGUGGCGGCGCUGCACCUCCUCCUCGCCUUCGCGCUCCACCGCGUCGCGACGAGCGUCGUCAUCGCCGAGGCCCGCGAGAUGAUCGACACGAUCGACGUGCACGCGCUCGGCCUCGGCGACGGCGACGCGGGGCGGUACACCUGGCGACAGCACCUCGUGGCGUGCGCGCAGGCGUGCGCGUGGGUCGCCCUCCUCGGCUUUGCCUUUGUCGCCGAGCUGACGUCGGCGGGAGACGCGCUCGUCGGACGCCACGCGUGGACCCCGUGCGCGUUCCACGACGUCAUCGCCACGAUCAGGAUCCGAGCCUUCACGGCCGGCGUCAAGUCCCUCGCCGUGCUGUACCUGUCCCGGCUCACGGCCACGCCCGUGCUCGCCGUCGUGGUAGCCGCCGACAAAUACGCCGCGGCCAACAAGGUGCUCGCCGUCGCCAAGCUGGCGCACCUCUGCGCCGCGCGGUGGAUCGUCGUGUCGAUCGUAUCGUCCGUCACGGCGAUCCGCGCGGAGUGGAGCGCCGUCGUCAUCCCCGCGGCACAAAGGCCGGGCGGAGCCGAGUGGAAGAAGGCGGUCAAGGAGGCGGUCGAAGCGGAAGAAGUGAAGGAGGAUGACGAAAAAGACGAGGAAAAAGUGUUGGCCGCCGUCAUCGCCGUCGUCUCCGCCGUCUCCGGCCUCGACUUGACCCCAGACGAACUCAUGGCGGAGUCCGGGAUGGACUCGCUCACCGCGGUCGAGCUACGGGCCAAGCUCGAGCAGACGUUCGGGGUCAAGAUACCCGUCGCGGCGGCGUUCGAGUACCCCACGGCGAGGGCGCUGGCGGGGUACGUGGCUCGAAACAGAAAGAGGUGA